AUGAAUCACAAACUCAAAAAAAAUAUAAAUGACGACGCUAAAGAGGUCAAAGAAGAUGGAGAGGUAGUAGCAGCAACAACAGAAGAAGAAGAGGAAGAGGAGAAGGAAGAAGAGGAAGAAGAUGAAAGAGGAGAAGUGCGUGAAAGUGCCAAUAGUUUCAGAGGAAGACCUUCAUCUUGUAUAUUUGUUGCAAGUUUGGCCGCAACGUUAACGGAUGACGAAUUAUGUAUUUCUGUCACAGAAAAUUUCAAGAAAUUUGGCGAAUUAGCAAGAGUAAAAGUCUUGAGAGAUCCAUCAAAUAGACCAUAUGCAUUUGUUCAAUAUACAAAUGACAAAGAUGCUAAGAAAGCUUUAAAGAAAGCACAGGGGACUAGUUUAAAUGGAAGGUUAUUAAGGUGUGAACCUGCAAAAGUUAAUAGAACUUUAUUUAUAACACAUCCAAUUAAAAAAAUAUCUUCAAUUGAUAUCCAAAGAUUAUGUGAAAAAUUUGGCGAAUUAGAAUUGGUGGUACCAAAUAGAGAAAAUAACCAAUAUAUCAAGAGAUAUAGUUAUCCACUUUCAAAUAGCAACUCUUGGUUUGUUCAAUUUGCAUAUAGAGAUGAUGCAAUUAGAGCUUUCGCAAACUUUAGGGGCGAUAAUUAUGGUUCCAACAAUACUCACCAUCACAAUCAAAAUAACCAGAACAACAAUCAUAUUAACCUCAACAGUUUAGGAACUCCAUCUUUUAAAACUUCAGAUGGUUAUGAAGAUAAUGAUUCAAACGAAAAUUUGAAUAACUUUUGGGAAGUUGAUUGGGUGCAAAAUAUUUCCGUACCAAAACAUUUUAAUCUGUUAAUUAAAAAUGAUAAAGAAACUCCAACAAAUGUUAAAGUUAAAAAUAUAUUAUUGAAAUCAAAGGAUUCAAAAAUUGAUUUAACCACUACUUCUUCAAUUCGUAAAAACAAAUAUACAGCAAGAUCUCAAUACUCUUCAGAAAAUGAUAAUGGCGAGAUAAUUUAUAAUUCAGAGACUGAUUCUGAAGGAUUUGUUGAGUAUGAUAUUGAUAAUAGCAGCACUAAACUAAUUAAUGAAUUAUCAUUAGAAGAUAAAGAUCAACAUCCAAUUUUAACUAGAGACGGUAAUUUUUAUUCUGAUGAAAAGAUAAACUGUGACACCAAUACUAGUAAUGAUAUUAAACAUGGAGAGGAUGAGGAGGUUUCUGAUGAAGAUUCUGUAGAUGAAGAUGAGGAUGACUAUUACGGUAAUACAACUGAUGAUAGUGAUUCUGUAAGAAUUGAUAAGAAAUCAAUAUUUGUUGGUCAAUUGGAUCCAGGUUCAAACAAAGAAAAUUUAACUGACAGGUUUUCAACACAUGGAAGAAUUCUUGACUUAAAUUUGAUUGUUAAACCAACAAAUAUUUUUGCAUUCAUAACUUUCGACACUGAAGCUGCUGCUGCUGCUGCAUUAGAGAGAGAAAAUCAUGCCAUAUUUUUGAAUAAAACAAUGCAUGUUCAAUACAAAGAGAUUGGUGGUUUGCAUAGAAAGAAAUCACGUUUUAACAAAAAUUUUGGUAAUAGUUUCUUGGAUAAUUCAAAAACCUUCACUGGUCCACAAUUUAAUUUAGCCCCACCACCAAUCAAUAUUUAUAGAAAAAGGAAUUCAAUGGAUUAUGAGCCUGCUAAUAUGUAUAACUACAUGUCUCCGCUUCCACCUAUGCCAAUACCACCAAAUUGCCAAUAUCCAACAAUGACAGACUACGAAAUGAAUAAUUAUAUUCCUUACUCCAAGAAUUCUAACUAUUCCUUUAGAAGAAAAUCUUUCCCAGUAAGAACAAAUAACUCAACGGCAAACCAUAGCAAUAGUUAUCCAAGAUAUGUUGUCUCUCCAAAUAAUUACAAUUUCAAGAAUGAUUAUGCAAGUAAUACUAUUUCAACCAAUACUUGCAUGUCAAACACCACUGGAGAUUUAGUCUCCGACAAGACUGAUUCUAUUGAAAACUCAAUAGUAACUUCAAAAGACAACGAUUCAAUUGAAGGUUUAGUUAAUUUACAAAAUAAAGGUGUUUCCAAUGAAAAAUCAAAUAUUAAGAAUAAAGUAGAUGAAUUAACCGAUUCUAAAUCUGACAUUAAUAUUACAGAAGUAUCUCCAACUUCAAGAAAUGCUGAACUAAAUAAUAAAAAGAAAUUCUAUAGAAGAAAUUCUUUCUACCAUCAACCAAUAAAACCUUAUUAUUUCCCUCAGUAUUAUUACCAUCCAAUGAAUUAUCCAGUUGGCCCAAACAUUGCAUCACAGACGGCCAAUUCUUCAUACAUGAUGGUAUACCCAUUCCCGCCACCUCCUCCAAGUAGUACGAUGAUGAAUUCAUCAAUGUCAAUGGGAAGAAUGAGUUCAAAUUUUCAAGGUUCACCACCAUUAGCAUCAGAACAUAGGUACAAUGCAGCUGAUGCUGAAAGUUUCUCUAAUCCCAACAAGUCCUAUGAAUUGGAUUAUUAA